AUGGCCACCAUGGACAAGGUUUUCGCCGGCUAUGCCGAGCGACAGGCCGUUCUCGAGGCUAGCAAGAACCCACUCGCCAAGGGAGUCGCUUGGAUCCAGGGUGAGCUCGUGCCCUUGCACGAAGCCCGAAUUCCUCUGCUCGACCAGGGUUUUAUGCACAGCGAUCUGACAUACGAUGUGCCCUCCGUCUGGGAUGGUCGCUUCUUCCGUCUUGAGGAUCAUCUCAACCGCCUCGAGGCCAGCUGUAAGAAGAUGCGCCUCAGGAUGCCUCUCCCCCGAGAGGAGGUCAUCAAGACCUUGGUCGACAUGGUUGCCAAGAGUGGCAUCCGGGAUGCCUUUGUCGAGUUGAUUGUCACUCGAGGCCUGACUGGCGUUCGAGGAGCCAAGCCUGAGGAGCUCCUGAACAACAACCUUUACAUGUUCAUCCAACCAUAUGUGUGGGUUAUGGACCCUGAGGUUCAAUACACUGGUGGCCGUGCUAUUGUUGCCCGAACCGUCCGCCGUGUCCCUCCUGGCUCCAUCGAUCCUACCAUCAAGAACCUUCAGUGGGGUGACUUGGUCCGUGGCCUGUUCGAGGCAAACGACCGAGGAGCUACCUAUCCCUUCCUUACUGAUGGUGAUGCCAACCUUACUGAGGGCUCGGGUUUCAACAUUGUUCUUAUCAAGGAUGGUAUUCUGUAUACUCCCGACCGUGGAGUUCUUCAGGGUAUCACCCGAAAGAGCGUGAUUGACGCUGCGCGAUCGUGUGGCUACGAGAUCCGGGUUGAGCACGUUCCCAUCGAGGCGACCUAUCAGGCCGACGAGAUCUUGAUGUGCACAACUGCCGGAGGCAUCAUGCCUAUUACUACUCUCGACGACAAGCCUGUCAAGGAUGGAAAAGUCGGCCCCAUCACCAAGGCUAUCUGGGACCGAUACUGGGCUAUGCACUGGGAGGAUGAGUUUAGCUUCAAGAUCAACUAUUAG